GUGAAGAGUGUCAGACCGGCUCGUCGGAAAGCACCAGGAGCUCUGCAGGGAGGAUCAGCGGAGCACGUCAGGAGGUGCAGUUUAAUGGAGGAAUCUGAGCCACUGCUGAGCACGAAGGCCGAGGCGAGGAGGGUGAACGGCGGCUGCAGAUGGAGCACGCGCACACUGGACUCGAACACUAUUGAGGACUUCAGACGGAAGCUGAAGUACUUCUUCAUGAACCCGUGUGAUAAGUACAGAGCGAGGGGUCGCAAACCAUGGAAACUGAUACUACAGAUUAUCAAAAUUAUCAUCAUCACUGUUCAGCUGGUCUCUUUCGGCUUGAGCAAUGAAAUGAUGGCCACGUUCAAAGAGGAUAAUCUGAUGACGUUCAGACACAUCUUCCUGGAAAGAUACAGGGACCACCGGCAGGGAAACUAUGCACUUUACACCCAAACAGAUGUGUACGACCACAUCUAUUACAUCAUUGACCGGUACACCAGUCUCCAGAACCUGACUUUAGGAAAUCUUGCAUAUGAGAGGGUUGGUGGCGAGUACACACCUUUGUCCAUCUGCCAAGUGCUCUACGAAAACGUCACCCUGGACCCUGCGAGAGACACCUUUGAUAUUGAUCCACACACUGACAAAGAUUGUAUUUCCAUCUAUCCUGUGCAGCUGGACAGCAGCGGUUUGUCGACUAAAGUCAACUUUUCUUUAGAUUUUAACAGGUUGUUAUCAGUAAACAUCAGCUUCAAUCUGAAAACCAUCAACCUGCAGACCGUGAGGCACCACGAGCUCCCGGACUGUUACGGCUUCCAUGUAAUGAUUAUCUUUGAUAACCACGCACACAGUGGGAAGAUUAACGUCGAUGUUGAUCAUGAUGUGAGGAUUUAUGAAUGCACAGACUGGAAUGUAGAAGGCAGCUCUGGGAAGAUCGAUUUUCUCCUCCUAUCGUUUGAUACUGUGGUCGUCCUCGCCUGUUUGGCUUCUCUCAUCCUCUGCUCUCGAUCCAUCAUCCGAGGCAUCCAGCUCCAAUUUGAAUUCAACAUUUUCUUCCACGCUUACUACAAUAAGAUUGUGACGUGGUCGGAGCGCAUGGAGUUUGUCAAUGGCUGGUAUAUAUUUAUCAUCAUCAGCGACACGUUGACCAUCGCAGGGUCGGCACUGAAAAUAGGAAUACAAACUAAGUUUCUGACCAGCUAUGAUGUUUGCAGUAUCUUGCUGGGAACAGCCACGAUGCUUGUCUGGUUUGGUGUCAUUCGGUACCUUUGUUUUUUCCAAAAAUACAACAUCCUUAUUUUGACCCUGAGGGCAGCGUUUCCAAACGUGAUUCGUUUUUGCUGCUGUGCUGCCAUCAUCUAUCUCGGGUACUGCUUCUGUGGCUGGAUUGUACUCGGGCCUUACCACGACAAGUUUCGAACGUUUGACAAAGUGACGGAGUGUCUCUUCUCUCUCAUAAACGGGGACGACAUGUUCGGCACCUUUCUGAGGAUGAGGGACAAAAGCUACAUGGUGUGGCUUUUCAGCAGACUCUACCUCUACACCUUCAUCUCACUUUUCAUCUACAUGGUGCUCAGCUUGUUCAUCGCUGUCAUCACUGACACCUACGAAACCAUCAAAAAUCGCCAGAAAGGCACAGAACCAGCGUCCCUGCUUCAGGCAUUCAUAGCAGAGUGUAAGGACCAGCCUGAGUCUGGAAGAUACCAAAUGGAUGAAGAGCAAUCCACCUGCUGUGGAUCUCUGUGCGGAUGCCUCAUCAGAAAAUCGAGGAUGUAG